AUGGACGUAGGAGAUCCAAGCCUGAAAUAUGACGACAACGGGUGGAUCUUCUGCGCAACAGCUCAAGCGCUGGGUAAAGCUGCGCUGAUGGCAGCUGAUCCAGCUUUGCCAGCUGGCAAGGUGAAGAUUAUGUUCUGGGGGGAUGGAGCACCAAUUCAGAAGCACUUUGAAGACCACUACCAGUUGCAGGAACAGGAAGCUGCUUUGCAGACCUACAACUUCAUCUCCAAGGACAAGAAGCUCACGCAUGAUCUGUUUGAUGCGACGGGAUAUGCCCACAUCAUCCCUCGCCAGGAACUACUGGAGCCGCCGUCAGAUCUGGAGAAGUGGUUCCAACCUCAACUGGAGCGUUUGGCCAAGACCCUUUGCAGAGAUGUGCCACGGGAUUCACAUGAGGAGCACGUGAGGCAUUGGUGGGCCAAUGAAAGCCCUAGCUUUGUGGCAGAGCGAUGCUGCAGCUCGAUGCCCACCACCCGUGAGGGCGCCCUCUACGACGGGACCAUGCGGGUGACCUUCGCGCUGCGGCGAAGGUUGGGAGCCUCUGAGACGUUAACUCCCGAAGAUAUCGAAGUGGAUUGGCUGGGAGGAUACUGGAAGUUGCCCAACGCAGACAUGACCUCCAGUUUGAUUCGAGAACGCAUCAUUAGUCAAGCUAAGACUGGUACAGCUCCAGUUCAGCCCUACAUCCUCAUGGAGGUCUACGGGGCUCUCAGCUCGGCACUGCAGCAGCUGUUUGGUGCGGCAGAGUUCACAUCGGAGCGGCUGAAAGAGCAGUACCGGAGCCAACCAGAGGAGCUUGCAGCAUACCUCAUUGCUCGACGCGCCAUAUCAUUGGAGCCGGAGCAGCGCCUUCAAGCAUUGCGCUUGGGAGACCCAGUGAGUCCCGCCAGAGCUUGUGUGCAGUCCUUCCUGCAUCGCGCGCACGGAGUCCUGAUCGCACGGGGCAAUGGCCCGGAGAGGUGGAAAGAAGCGAAGCUUGGCGCAGAGAGCGCUGCAGGCAGGCGCGAGCACUUCAGAAGGGCUGUGGAUGCGCACCCGGCCAACUCCAACGCCCUUUUCCAGCUUGGAAUGUGCGCGCUGGAAUUGGGGCCAUUAGACACAGCCAUUGAGCUCAUGAACAAAAGUCUUCUCUUGGACUCGGAUUUCAGGGCUCCGUAUGUGAACCUUGGUGUGGCUUUCCUGAGAAGAGCAUCUCACACUGAUGAUCCGGUCAAAGCACAGGAGUUUUAUCUCCGCGCUGUUGAGAUCUCGGAGUCCUGCUUGACACGCCACCCAGCGUCGCCGCAGUGCAACUAUCACAUUGGUGUGGCUUGCACCCAGCUUGCAUUUUAUUUGCAAGACCGCGAGGGGGUUGACUGCAAAGAUCCAAAGUUUGUCGAGUUGCGAAGCCGCGCGCAACGUGAAUUUUUGGAAGCCAGGCCCGGAGCAACCUGCAGAAGAGUACAAUGA